GCGUGCGAAGCGGAUCGCUUAGCGGUUACGGUCGCGCGUUUGAUAGUGUAAGAGUCCUUUAGUUGACCAGUUAUUAAAUUUUUAUUUGACUAUUGAAUAUAAAGUUGACAGUGAUGUCGAGGGAAAACUCCAGGUUUAGCAGGCUAGGAGUCUUAGCUCCGGCGGCAUUGUCUGCCUGCAUGGAUGCUUCCGUGCUUGCAGUGCCGGCUGCUGGUGCAAUCGUUUCCACUGUCCUUAAGGAGUUGAGCAAGGCGUUCAUGCUUAAGAAGUGGUUCCAUGGAAUAAUGUCGGCUAAGGAAGCUGAAGAUUUGAUUAUGGAGAAAGGCAAGAACGGGUCGUUCCUGGUGAGAGAGUCACAAGCGCAUCCCGGCGAGUACGUGCUUUCGGUUCGAGUCAGAGGGCGGGUCAGUCAUGUUAUGAUCAGACGACAGCAUAAUAAAUACGACGUAGGCAGCGGCGAGCAGUUCGACGACUUGGUAGGCCUGAUCGAGCACUUUCGUUCGUAUCCCAUGAUUGAAACGUCUGGAGACGUGCUAAGGUUGUUGCAGCCAGUCAGCGGCACGAAACUUAGAGCUCAUGACAUCGACCAGAAGGUCCAGGAGAUGCAGGAAUCCGAAGAUCUACACAAGCUGGAUAAUAAAAGUGGAUUCGACGGAGAGUUCCACGCACUAAAGAUGCUGGAAGACAGACACGUGUUCACAACCAUUGAGGGAGAAAAGCCAAUAAACUCCGUCAAAAACAGAUACAGAAAUAUUCUGCCAUACGAUCAGACCCGAGUGGUGCUUCGUGGCUGCCAUAACAGGCCUGAUGCGGACUACAUCAACGCUAACUACAUACGAUCCUCUCGCCUCUGUGACUCCUCCAGCUCUGUUCAGUCAUCAAAUGAAAGCUUAGACAGCGUACAUUCUUUAAUAAUGAGAGGUGAGUCAAGGAAACCCACUCCGCUCGUGUCAAAAUCCCUGUCAGAUGACGCACUCAGAGAGGUGAAGUGGAGUUAUAAACUGGACAAAAUUAAUGGGAACCUAUGUGGUGAUGCAGUAAAAGACAAAAUCUACAUUGCCGCGCAAGGUUGCCUCUCAAAUACAAGAGAUGACUUCUGGAGGAUGAUAUGGCAAGAAGACGUAAGAAUCAUUGCCAUGAUUACAAACGAAUAUGAGAAUGGGAAGAAAAAGUGUGAGCGUUACUGGCCAUUAUCAGGGCGUGAGGAGAGGUUCGAUGGUCUCAUAGUGAAAUCAAUGUCGGAAACUCACUAUGAGGACUAUCUGUUGAGGGAACUGGAUGUAACGGACGAUAAAAAAUGCUGCAGAACAAUCUAUCAAUAUCAAUUUACGAGUUGGCCGGAUCACGGAACGCCAGCUGAACCCGACGGAGUGCUCAGCUUUAUCGCAGAUAUCAACAGAAAAAUGUAUCAAAUCACACACAGCAAAAAUGCUCCUGAACAGAAUAUGCUGUGCGUGCAUUGUUCAGCUGGAGUAGGCAGGACUGGCACAUUCAUUGUCCUGGACAUGCUUAUCGACAAAAUAAAAUCAGCUGGUUUCAACUGUGACAUUGACGUACAUAACACGGUGAAACUGGUGAGGGCGCAGCGAAACGGGAUGGUCCAGAAUAAGAUGCAAUACAGAUUCAUAUACCUCGCCCUGCAAGAUUACAUAGACAACAAAAAGUUCAAGCUGAAGAGAAAGGUGUACACAACAGACGCCUAAUAUCUAUACAUAUAUUAAGUGAACCAAAGUACAUAUUUAUAUGAACUAACUGUAAUUACUUAAUAUCAUUAAUUAUAACACAACGUGUUACGUACUGAGCUAUUGUUCUACUUGUUUCGAUUCUGUCACAUUCAGUCAUAAUUAUGUCUAGUUUACAUAAGAAUAAAUAAAUAAAUACUAUUAAAUUA